CUGGAUGCCGCCAAGGAGCGCCAGAACCGGAUCGAAACCCAGAUCAGCCAGUUGGAGUCGGCAAUAUCCAAGGCCGAGAUUCUUCCCGGAUCCAGCAACGGCGCUGAGAUAAGCCGGUCCGCCGUAGGCACCCGGAUUACUGUCAAGGACAAGGACUCUGGUGAGGUAAUCGACUAUACUCUUGUGGAUGCCCGUGAGGCCGACAUAGGUCUGCGACGAAUCUCGAUACAGUCCCCUGUGGGACAGGCCCUGCUGGAUUUGGGUGCGGGAGAAGAGGUGUCAGUCCCCACUCCGAAGGGAACUUUGAUGUACGUCGUCGAGAACGUAACCGCCGCCUGA